UUUCGCUGCCACAGCACGAUCUGUCACAGCGCAGACCAUGUCGCGUGUGGUGGCUCCGCUUCUUCAACUUUCGCUCUUGUUCCAAUGUAUGUCGUCAAUCAAUGGAGCUCGCUUGCGUUUGUCGCACGGUACCUACGGUCGAGUGGAGCUUCAGUAUUCUGGUUCUUGGGGUACAAUUUGUGACGACAAUUGGCGCAUGAAUGAAGGCAAUGUGGUCUGUCGAGAGCUGGGCUUUGUACGCGCAGAAGCAGUCAAGACAAGAGCUGAGUAUGGACAAGGAUCUGGCUACAUGCAUUACUUUGUCUGCGCAGGAACGGAGAAUUCGCUAGACAGCUGCUCAACAAGAAGGUACCGCAUCAACUCCUGCAGCCAUAGCGAAGACGUAGGAGUUAUAUGCUUGCGAUCUGGUCUUGGAACGGCUAUACGUCUUGUUGGAGGGCAUGAACCAAACAGGGGACGAGUUGAAGUAUUUUGGCAAUCACAGUGGGGAACAGUUACAGAUGAUGGGUGGGAUAUUAAUGACGCAAAUGUAGCAUGUAAGCAGCUUGGAUAUGAACGAGCUUCCAGUGCAACACACAAUGCACACUUUGAAGAGGGUUUAGGACCGAUUACAAGGGACAACGUAGCUUGCGGUGGCAGUGAAGUGAGGCUUCAGGAUUGCAAUUUUAGAGGUUGGCGUUUACAUGAUUCAGACAGUCAUUCUGAAGAUGCUGGCGCCAUUUGUGUAGGACAAGCAACUUAUCCUGUCAGACUAGUGGGAGGGUCAUCACCUAGUCAAGGACGAGUGGAGAUUCAGUAUAGUGGCUUGUGGGGAACUGUGUGUCAAGACAAGUGGGAUAUGAAUGAUGCCAAUGUUGUCUGCCACCAAAUGGGUUACAGUAGAGCUGCAGCAAUAAGAACAAACGCUUAUUAUGGUAGAGGAGUUGGACAUACCUGGAUGACCAAUGUAGACUGCUCAGGAGAUGAACAAAGGUUGCAGGAUUGUAAAUUUGAAGGAUGGGCAAUAGAAGAAUGUAGUCACAGCUCUGACGUUGGUAUUAUUUGUAGUGGAGCAACUACUGUUCCGAUACGGCUGACAAGAGCUAGUCAUGGUUAUGGAAGAGUUGAGGUGUACAACAACAGACUGUGGGGAACAGUAUGUGAUUCCUCUUGGAACAUACAAGAUGCGCACACAGUCUGUCGGCAACUAGCCUUUUCUCCUGCUACAGCUUACUAUCACAAUGCUGCAUAUGGACAAGGUUCUGGGCAUAUCUGGAUGAACAGUGUUGCUUGCACUGGCAAUGAACUUAACAUUGGUCAGUGCAGAUUUUCAGGUUGGGAUAACAAUGUAUGCUCACAUAAACAUGAUUCUAGUGUGUGCUGCGCAAGUGCAGUUGCUCCACUGUCUCUUCGACUUGUUGGUGGGUCAUCCCACAACCAAGGAAGAUUGGAAGUUUUCUAUGGAGGAGUGUGGGGAACAGUGUGUGAUGAUCUGUUCUAUUCACAGUCAGCUAGAGUUGCAUGCAAACAACUUGGAUAUACUGGGGGAACCUACAGAAGAAAUGGUCAAACAGGUUUUGGACCAGGAACAGGACCUGUAUGGAUGGAUAAUGUACGAUGCAGAGGCACAGAGUCACAGCUGACUAGUUGUCAGUAUCCAGGAUGGGGAGUGUCCGAUUGCGGUCAUGAUGAAGAUAUAGGAGUUGUAUGCUCUGGCACAGAUCAAAUAUCAGUUCGUCUUGUUGGCAGCUCCAGCACACCACAUCAGGGCCGAGUAGAAAUAUACUAUGGAAAACAAUGGGGUUCUGUUUGUGACACUGGCUGGACAAUGAACAAUGCUCACGUUGUAUGCCACCAACUUGGUUAUGCUAGAGCAACUGCAUUCCAUUCAAAUGCUGCUCUUGGACGAGGAUCAGGUCACAUUUGGAUGAGCAAUGUUCAAUGCAGGGGCACUGAGGUUAGGCUUCAAGAUUGUCAAUUUAGUGGCUGGGGUAAUAUAGGUCAAUGCCUUCACACUGAUGAUGUUGGUAUUGUCUGUGAAGGAAAAGCUCAUACACCUGUUCGUCUUGUUGGUGGCAGUUACUAUGGGCGUGUGGAAGUCUUCUAUAGUGGGUUGUGGGGAACAGUUUGUGAUAAUUCGUGGGAUAUUGCUGAUGCUCAUGUAGUGUGUCGGCAAUUAGGAUUUACACACGCAACAACUUACAGACGUAAUGCAUAUUAUGGACAAGGUACUGGUCACAUAUGGCUGACAAAUGUUGCAUGUAAUUCACGUGAUGACCACUUGGACAAUUGUGCACAUUCUGGCUGGGAUGUUGGAUCUACUUCGUGUUCACAUCGUGAAGAUGCUGGAGUUGUUUGUUCAGGCACAGGUGCUGCAGUGACUGUAAUAAGGCUUGUUGGUGGUAGCUCUUCAAGAGAAGGAAGAGUGGAAGUGUUCUAUGCUGGAGUGUGGGGAACUGUCUGCAAUGCAGGCUGGGGUACAAGUGAUGCAAAUGUUGUGUGUAGACAGUUGGGAUUCAGCAGAGGAACUGCUAUAACAACAUCAUCACGAUUUGGGCAAGGAGUGGGACCAACGUGGAUGAACAAUGUCAACUGUGGUGGCGGAGAGACACGAUUACAUUCUUGUUCAUUCUCAGGAUGGGGAGCAUCCCAGUGUCGUGAUCACCAUUCAAGAGAUGCUGGAGUUGUAUGUAGUGGUACAGUGACUCAAACAUUUAAUGUGAGAAUUACUGGUGGAACCAGCAAUACUGGACGAGUAGAAAUUCAACAUCAGGGAGUAUGGGGAACUAUCUGCGAUGACCAUUGGAAUAUUGUUGAUGCUCGAGUUGUCUGUCGUCAGCUUGGUUUUGCUACUGCAACAGCUGCCCAUCAGGGGAGCAAUGUUGUAGAUGGCACUGGACACGUAUGGAUGGAUGACAUCAGAUGCAUAGGCACAGAGAGAAGAUUACAAGAUUGCCCAUCACAGCCAUUUGGGAAUCACAACUGUGGCCACCAUGAAGAUGCAGAAGCGACUUGUUCAAUGACUGACACAGUCAGAAUUACUGGUGGAACAACCAGCAACACUGGACGAGUAGAAAUUCGACAUCAAGGAGUGUGGGGAACUAUCUGUGAUGACUAUUGGGGUAUUAUUGAUGCUCAAGUUGUCUGUCGUCAGCUUGGUUUUGCUACUGCAACAGCUGCCCAUCAAGGGAGCAAUGGUUUAGAUGGCACUGGACAAAUAUGGAUGGAUGACAUUACAUGCACAGGCACAGAGACAAGUCUGCAAGAUUGCCCAUCACAGACAAUUGGGAAUCACAACUGUGGCCACCAUGAAGAUGCAGGAGUGACUUGUUCAAUGACUGAAACAUUCAACGUGAGAAUUACUGGUGGAACCAGCAAUACUGGGCGAGUAGAAAUUCAAUAUCAGGGAGUGUGGGGAACUAUAUGUGAUGACCAUUGGGAUAUUGUUGAUGCCCGAGUUGUCUGUCGUCAGCUUGGCUUUGUUACUGCAACAGCUGCCCUUCAAGGAGGCAAUGUUGUAGAUGGCACUGGACAAAUAUGGCUGGAUGACAUCAGAUGCACAGGCACAGAGACAAGUCUGCAAGAUUGCCCAUCACAGACAAUUGGGAAUCACAACUGUGGCCACAAUGAAGAUGCGGGAGUGACUUGUUCAAUGACUGACACAGUCAGAAUUACUGGUGGAACCAGAAAUACCGGACGAGUAGAAAUUCAACAUCAGGGAGUGUGGGGAACUAUCUGUGAUGACCAUUGGGAUAUAGUUGAUGCUCGAGUUGUCAGCUUGGUUUUGCUACUGCGACAGCUGCCUACCAAGGGAGUGACGUUGUAGAUGGCACUGGACAAAUAUGGCUGGAUGACAUCA